AGGGAGAGAGCGAGGGAGAGGGGGAGAGAGAGAGAGAGAGAGAGAGAGAGAGAGAGAGACGGGAGGAGGGGAUAAGAAAAUUAAGCUCUUUAAGUCAAUGCAUAUUGUGGUGCCACUAGCACAGGAGCCCUCACGGUGGAGUCGGCCAGGGCUGUGCGUUCCCAAAAUAUGACCAGGGGUGCUUGGAUGUGUCGACAAUAUGACGACGGCUUAAAAAUCUGGUUUGCAGCAGCUCGGGAGAACGAGAAACCUUUCACCGAUUCGGAGAGGGCUCAGAAAUGGCGACUGUCUCUGGCAUCUCUGUUGUUUUUCACAGUCCUGCUUUCUGAUCACUUGUGGUUCUGCGCCGAGGCGAAACUGACCAGGACCCGAGACAAGGAGCAUCAUCAUCAGCAGCAGCAGCAGCAGCGGCAGCAGCAGCAGCAGCAGCAACAGCAGCAGCAGCAGCAACAGAGGCAGCAACAGCAGCAGCAGCAGCAGCAGCAGCGGCAGCAGCAGCGGCAGCAGCAGCGGCAGCAGCAAUCACAGCAGCAGAAUCCCUCUUGGACAUCGCUACUUACUAGCAUGGGGGAGUCCUCUUCUGCCGCACAGGCACACAGACUCCUCUCCUCCUCCUCCUCCUCCUCCUCUUCUUCUUCUUCCUCCCCCUCUUCCCCUUCCUCCUCCUCUUCCUCCUCCUCCUCCUCCUCCUCCUCCUCUUCCCCUACUCUCCCUCCCUCCCCCAGCAGCAGAAGCAGCAGCAGCAGAGGCAAAUAUUCUAAUACCAAGGCUAUUUUUCUAGGAAACUCUACCAAACCUUUGUGGCGCCUGGCGACGUGCCACGCUCAGAACUCCUCAUCCGGCCAGUGUUACAGCGUGGACGAUGCGGGCUCCGUGUGCGAGAGGAUCUGGAGUCGGAGAGUCGAGAAGCAGCCGCUGCUGCAGCAGCAGAUGCAGCACAUGCAGCGGAUGCAGCAGCAGCAAGUGACAGGGAGUCCCACAUCUCCUCGCUGGAACCUGUCGGAUUUUUACCUUUCCUUUUGUAAUUCCUAUACACUCUGGGAGUUGUUCACCGGGUUGCCCGAUCCGGACACUUUGAACUGCAGUCUGGAUGUCGUGAUGGAAGAGGGAGGGGGGAAAGAGAGCUGUAAACAGUGCGUCCAGGCGUAUCAGCGCUACGACCACCACGCUCAGGAGAAAUAUGAAGAGUUUGAGAUGAUGCUCCAGAAAUAUUUGCAAUCGGAUGAGUAUUCGGUAAAGUCGUGUCCCGAGGACUGUAAGACUGUCUACAAAGCCUGGCUCUGCUCCCAGUAUUUUGAAGUCACACAGUUUCACUGCAGGAAGAGAAUUCCUUGCAAGCAAUACUGUUUGGAGGUUCAGACACGGUGUCCAUUUAUAUUACCAGACAAUGAUGAUGUCAUCUAUGGAGGACUAUCAAGUUUCAUCUGUACAGGGCUCUACGAAAACUAUCCAGUCAAUGCAGAACCAGAAUGCUGUGAUGUCAGAUGGGAACUAUUACCAGAUAACCAAUCCAAAGGGACUAUAAAAACAAGUGACUCGUGUCACAGGACAUCGCUCACAGUUUCAUCAGCAUCAAGACUGUGCAACAGCAGACUCAAACUGUGCGUUCUUGUAUUAAUUCUCUUACAUACAGUACUUACAGUGUCAGCAACACAGAAUUCGACGGGACUGGACUUUGGAGGCAUAACAACAUUGGAGGAUAACACAACCAAUGAGGAAUAAGCAAAAGGACACACAUCAUAUGAUAGACACUCAGGCCCAAAUGAAUCAAGUUACUGAAAUCAGUGAAACAGAAACUGGGUCCUUUUACCCUCGAAUCACUUCUCGCAAGAAAUCUAGGGUGAAAUUGAAAUGAUGGGCCACUAUCCAUACAACAAGGACACAAACACAGCUUUUUAUUGACUAAAAUGCUGUAUGGUGACUUAAAUUUCUCACACCAUUUUAUACACUGUGUUUUAAUGUUUGGAGUUUUUUUUUUUCAUUUGGUUUUUGCACUUGGUAAUACAGGAUUUAAUUUCUUGGGAUGGUUUCUCAAAGCUAAAAGUCUUUUCACUGUCUAGAUAUUUCUAGUCAUUGUGUGUGUUCAUCUGAUAGUCCUGUCUUCUGUCCUGUCGGUUUCUAUUAGACUCCAUGCUAUGACUCCAUGGCAUAGCUGAAAAAAAAAAAUAAAAUAAAAACCCUAACU